CUGACUUUGCAGUAAAAAUCUUCCUUACGAAAUCUCUCUGGUCUCUCUCUCUCUCGAAGCGUCUCUUCUUUGGAUCAAGCGGCGGAGGCGGCGGCGAAGAAGAAGAGAGAUUCGUUUUUAGUUAUGGUUGAGACGAGGCGUAGCUCUUCGGCUUCGAAGCGGUUCUCUUCUUCUUCUCCUGAACCUUCAUCGUCACGGCCUAGCAAACGAUCCAAGGUUAUGAUCGAGACCAGCGUUACUGCUUCUGUUUCUUCUGCUGCGGCGGCGGGGGCGGCGGAACCGGCAGGGUCAUCGUCGGCGAGUGAGGUGCCGAUUGAAAGUCAAAAUCCGGUUUCGGAUCCUGGAUCGGAAUCUGGAGAGCCGGAACUGAGAACUUCUGAUCUGCAGACUAAUGAUGCUGAAAGGCCUGCCACUGCAACCGAUGUGCCGGCGAUGGAGAACUGUCCUGAUACCGAUAUGAAUCCAGAAGUCGAAGGCUUGGUGACGCCUACGCCCGCAGGUGAAGUUGUGGCGGAAGCUGAGAAAUUGAAAUCCGGAAAGAAGCGGAUUGCUAAGGCUCCUUGGGCGAAGCUGCUCUCUCAGCAUCCUCAGAACCCUCAUCGUGUCAUGAGAGGCUCUGUGUUUACUGUUGGACGGCGAGGAUGCGAUUUAUGUAUCAAAGAUCAAUCUAUGCCUAGCGUUCUAUGUGAACUGAGGCAGUCUGAGCACGGAGGUCCAUCAGUUGCAUCGCUGGAGAUAAUAGGGAAUGGAGUUCUUGUUCAGGUCAAUGGCAAAAUUUACCAAAGAAGUACUUGUGUUCAUCUGCGGGGUGGUGACGAGGUUGUCUUCAGCAGCACCCCUGGGAAACAUGCUUACAUAUUUCAGCCUCUUAAAGAUGAAAAUCUAGCUGCACCAGACAGAGCUUCUUCAUUGAGCAUUUUCGAAGCGCAGAGUGCCCCUUUGAAAGGGCUUCAUGUUGAGACAAGAGCAGGAGACUCUUCAUCUGUUGAUGGGUCUUCUUUAUUGGCGUCUUUAACAAAGUUACACAAUGUCCCUUUUUUACCACCUACUGCUAAAAAUGUCAAAAGACAGCAAAAUUCAGAGGUGCCUGUGCUGCCUUCUAGUAGCAAUGAUUGUAUCCCGGAUGUUGACAUGAACGAUGCUGACAGUAACAAUGAUUAUGCUGCUAUUGCUUCAACGGAGAAAACUAUUGCUUCGACCUCUUGUGCUGCCAACGAUGACCAGAAUGCAGAUGGAAAUGGAAUGGAUCCUUUUCAAGAAGCUGAAGGUGGAAAUAUUCAUGGUUCUGAUUAUGAAAUUAGACCAAUUUUGCGCUUACUUGGGGAUCCUUCUGAAUUAGAUUUGAGGGGGAGCAUUUCCAAAAAACUGGUGGAUAAUCGAAGGGAAGUGAAGAAAAUACUUAAAGAAUAUGACAGUUCAUCAGCCUCGGUAUCAACUAGACGUCAAGUACAUAAGGAUUCUCUGCGAGCAGGAGUAAUCAAUCCUCAGGACAUAGAAGUUUCUUUUGAGAGCUUCCCAUAUUUCUUAAGUGGCACAACUAAGGAUGUUUUGAUAACAUCAACUUAUGUCCAUAUGAAGUGUGGAAGCAAGUUUGGAAAGUAUGCAUCAGCCUUGUCAACAAUGUGUCCCCGUAUCUUGCUCUCUGGACCAGCUGGGUCCGAGAUAUAUCAGGAAAUGUUAGCAAAAGCACUUGCGAAGAAUUUUGGGGCCAAAUUGAUGAUUGUUGACUCUCUCUUGUUACCUGGGGGAUCAACAGCCAAGGAAGCAGAUUCUACCAAAGAAAGCUCUAGGCGUGAAAGACUGUCUGUGCUUGCUAAACGAGCCGUACAGGCUGCUGUUUUGCAGCAUAAGAAACCAACUUCAAGUGUUGAGGCUGAUAUAACAGGUGGAUCAACAUUGAGCUCUCAGGCUGUCCCGAGGCAAGAAGUGUCGACUGCAACCUCUAAAAGUUACACCUUCAAAACAGGUGAUCGAGUGAAGUUCGUAGGCCCUUCAACUUCUUCCCUUGCUACUCUUCCUUCUCUACUAAGGGGACCAGCCAUAGGUUUCCAGGGAAAAGUACUCCUUGCAUUUGAAGACAAUGGCUCUUCAAAAAUUGGGGUUAGAUUCGAUAGGCCCAUAGCAGAUGGCAAUGAUCUUGGUGGUCUAUGUGAAGAAGACCAUGGUUUUUUUUGUACUGCGAGUUCACUUCGGUUAGAUAGUUCUUCCAGUGAUGAUGCUGACAAACUUGCCAUUAAUGAAAUCUUUGAGGUUGCUUUUAAUGAAAGUGAAAAAGGGUCAUUGAUACUAUUCCUGAAAGACAUUGAGAAAUCUCUGGCGGGGAAUACUGAUGUGUAUGUAACUUUGAAGAGCAAGCUUGAGAAUCUACCGGAGAAUAUUGUUGUCAUAGCCUCACAAACGCAGUUGGACAGCCGAAAGGAGAAAUCCCACCCUGGAGGUUUUCUGUUCACGAAGUUUGGCAGCAACCAAACAGCAUUGCUGGAUCUUGCAUUUCCGGAUAACUUUGGUGGUAGACUGCAGGAUAGGAACAAAGAAAUGCCUAAAUCAGUGAAACAAAUCACUAGGCUAUUUCCGAACAAAGUAGCCAUCCAGUUACCAGAGGAUGAAGCUUUGCUGUUGGACUGGAAGGAGAAACUUGAACGUGACACAGAGAUCCUGAAGGCUCAAGCUAAUAUUACCAGCAUCCGUGCGGUCCUCAGCAAAAACCGCCUGGACUGCCCUGACCUUGAAACCCUGUGCAUCAAAGAUCAAACCCUUCCGUCUGAUAGUGUGGAGAAAGUGGUUGGCUGGGCUUUCAGCCACCAUCUUAUGAGCUGCUCAGAACCGACGGUCAAAGACAACAAGCUUAUCAUCUCUGCCGAAAGCAUCACAUCUGGCUUGCAGGUGUUGCAUGGGAUUCAAAACGAAAACAAGAGCACAAAGAAAUCUCUCAAAGAUGUUGUUACUGAGAAUGAAUUCGAGAAAAAACUCCUAUCAGAUGUCAUUCCUCCAAGUGAUAUCGGUGUUUCUUUUAAUGAUAUUGGGGCUUUGGAAAAUGUGAAAGACACCUUGAAGGAGUUGGUGAUGCUUCCUCUUCAAAGACCUGAAUUGUUUGGCAAAGGCCAGCUUACAAAGCCUACAAAGGGUAUACUGUUGUUUGGACCGCCUGGUACGGGGAAGACAAUGCUUGCAAAGGCAGUGGCGACUGAGGCUGGUGCAAACUUCAUCAAUAUAUCAAUGUCCAGCAUUACUUCAAAGUGGUUUGGCGAGGGAGAGAAGUAUGUAAAAGCUGUAUUCUCGCUGGCAAGUAAGAUAGCACCAAGCGUCAUUUUUGUUGACGAGGUUGAUAGCAUGUUGGGAAGACGCGAGAAUCCAGGAGAACAUGAGGCUAUGCGUAAGAUGAAGAACGAAUUCAUGAUAAACUGGGACGGCUUACGCACAAAGGAUAGAGAAAGAGUUUUAGUACUAGCUGCUACCAACAGACCAUUCGACCUUGACGAAGCAGUAAUUAGAAGGCUUCCCCGAAGGUUGAUGGUUAAUCUUCCGGAUUCAGCAAACAGAUCGAAGAUCUUGAGUGUAAUUUUGGCGAAAGAAGAGAUGGCAGAAGACGUAGAUUUAGAAGCUAUAGCAAAUAUGACAGAUGGGUACUCAGGGAGUGACUUAAAGAAUCUUUGCGUGACGGCGGCGCAUCGUCCCAUCCGAGAGAUACUGGAAAAAGAAAAGAAGGAGAGAAGUGUGGCUGAAGCGGAAAACCGACCAAUGCCAAAAUUAUAUAAUAGUACAGACAUUAGACCCUUGAGCAUGAAUGAUUUCAAGGCCGCACAUGAACAGGUAUGUGCGAGUGUGUCGUCUGAUUCAUCGAACAUGAACGAGCUUCAGCAAUGGAACGAGCUUUAUGGAGAAGGAGGCUCGAGGAAGAAGGCAUCACUCAGCUACUUCAUGUAAAGAGAAACAGAGAGAAAACAGAGAGGUUUUGUGUUUUUUUCUUCCUUGGUCAAAUAUCUAAAAAAUCUCUCUUCGAUCCCUUUAAUAUAUAUAAAUUUAUGUACAGAGAGCGAGAGAGACAGUGAGAAGAGUCCUCUUUAAUUGUGUAAAAUGUUUUUGUUCUGAGCCCCCUCAAUUCUUUUCAUUCUCAAAAAGUAGUCUCAAAAAUUCAUAUCCAAUGUACUAUGCUUAUGUAGUAGCUAUGUGUAUAUAGGGUUUAGAUACUUUUACUUCUAAUUCUUACAUAAUUUAUUCGGAGACCC